AUGCCUCCGCGACGCCGACAGCUGCACGCGUGCGCAGGACUUGCACUCCGCAGCGGCCGCGGAUGCUGUCCGCGGCCGAUGGCAACACGCACCAUCUACCACCUCCCGAACAUUCCCCGUGCAAGCUGUGCUGCGGCGAGCAGGAACCACAGAGGGCCUGCAAGCGCAUCAGAGGAACCACUGCACGCCAUAGAGGUACACACUGGCGCUGGAGAAGGACGAGGCGGUUGUGACAGUGGCGAGGGCGCAGCGGAGGAGGUGGUUGUGUGUGCCGCACCGCCGACGGCGCCACAGCUCGCAAGCGCGGUCACACGAGGUCGAGGAGAUGGCGGGGCAGUGCGCACGUUGAAGCGGCACCUACGCCCAUACGAGGAGGAGGGCAGCGGUGCUGUGCUUCCAGAAAGGGAGCUAGACGGCACGGCUGCGCCACCCCCAAGGCACAUCUGCCUCAAGCCAGCGGAGCUGGACACCGACGUCUGGCAUGGGAGUGGCGACAUAGAAGAGGUGCGGCCACACACAAGCGCGGAUGGUCGACGGGCCGGCCGUGGCCGCACAGCGACGGCAGAACACCGAAGAGGUGAUUGCACCUCAGAUUACGCCCGUGGUACUCGUAGUCGUCAUUGUCUCCCCGCGCAGAAGAAGUUUAGGUGCGACGCGACACCGACACCCGCAUCUUGCGCUGCUGCUACGCACAAUUUCGAGGAACGAUGCGAUGCCGCAUUCGCAGAAAGGGGAUGCGUUGCUGUAGCAGUGUUUAGUCGCCCGCCGGACUCACGUGCACUGGAGGACGCGCGCCCCUCAUCACCGCUUCUGUUACCGUCCUCUCCUGUCUCCACGAAUAGUAGCGAGACAAGCGCGCCGAGGUCGUCGACUUGGGCGGCAACAUGCUGUCGCAGACGUGACAGCGGUGACGAGGACGAUGAUUUGUUUCGGUGCUCCACCACCACCACCACCACUUCCGCCUCUGAGAUCGACAGCGAUGGUCGCCCAGAGGAUGGCCACAGUAGCUUGCUGCAAGGGGUGCUUGUCGAGUGCGAGGCGCGCUCUGCGGGUUCCGGAAGCGGUCUGCAGCUGGCGAUGCCAAGGCAUCUCGCGGUCCAGCAGAGUAGCGCUGGCGAGGUGCUGCAAGACCGUCCGCUCAUCGCUGCACCACCAAGUAGCGAGCAAAAUACAGCCGCACCCACGAACUGCGGCAGCAGCAAGAUCGCCCGUCUCACAAACUUUUAUCUAGAGCCCCGCUACCGCCGACACGCGCAGCACAUGGCACUGCAUGAUCUGCCGCUGGCGACAUCGACAACAGUGUCAUCGCUCUCGAGCACGCCCUCCAGCGCGUUCCUCCCGCUGUUCACAGCAUCUCCUCCUUCGUGUCCUGUGGCUUGCGGGGUGAAGCGCGACGCAGCUUCGUGCACAGGCGACGACGAGAUAGGCAUGAGGUCGCCGAUCUGGUCCAUCAUAAUGAAGUACUAUGCCGCCCAUCAUGAGCGGCAACUGCCCCCACAUGCGGCUCUUUAA